AUGGCGGGUGUAUUGUUGAGUGGCACCCCGUUAAGCAUCCUUCAAGGAACUGGACUAUGGGAUUCGGCGGCUGGACCAUGCCGCUGGAAUGUGCCACAGUUGGGUCCUGUAGUGGAUUACGUCAAGCACUUUACGGGGUUUCAUGAAUUUGCUGAGUUCAAAGCUGAAGAUGUUGGGACUGCUGAGAGCGGGUUGAACUCAGUGGUGUUGGCAAACAAUGACGAAGCAGUUCUGCUUCCGUUGAAUGAGCCGGUAUACGGAACCAAAAGGAAGAGUCAAAUUCAGACUUAUUUAGAGCAUAAUGAAGGGGCAGGAGUGCAUCAUUUAGCUCUGGUUACAGAGGAUAUAUUCAGAACUUUGAAGGAAAUGAGGAAAAGGAGUGGAGUUGGGUUAUUUGAAUUCAUGCCUUCGCCUCCGCCUACUUAUUAUAAGAAUUUGAAGAGUAGGGCACGAGACGUACUCAGUGAUGAGCAAAUCCUGGCGUGUGAAGAAUUGGGAAUCUUGGUGAACAGGGAUGAUCAGGGGACUUUGCUUCAGAUAUUCACCAAGCCUGUGGGAGACAGCUCCUGUUUGCUUUUACCUUUAAUGUCAGCUAAAUUAUCUAUACUAAGAUCAUGCUUCUUGGUCCUUAGCACAGCCAACAAUACUUAUAGAAAUUAUUCCGAGAAUCGGUUGCUCAAAGAAGAAAAUGGACAAGUUUAUCAGAAGGGCGGAUGUGGAGGCUUCGGUAAGGAAAACUUCUCAGAGCUCUUUAGAUCGAUCGAGGAAUAUGAGAAAAUGCUUGAAGCCAAACAUGUUAAUCAAGUAGCUGCUGCUUGA